ACCAGGAAGACGCCAUCAUGGAUCCUGUGGGUUUCGUACCUUGAGCAAGGACGCCAAAAAGACCAGUUCUUCACUUACAAAUAAGAAAUAAUCCACAUUUAACUUUAGGAGAAUGCUUUAUGGGCCAAUGCUACUGCCAACAAGAAACCGUAGAAGAAGAGGCCGAAUCGCUAACUAGCAACCCAGUUGAAAGCCGACAGGAUCGUCGGCGAACUGAAAACUUCACCAACAAAUCUGCAGAUAUGAGCACCAACAUGGCAAAUCGCAUCAAGGGAUUAGUGAGUAAGAAGAAGAGAAGAUAUCAGGACGAUGGUUUCGACCUAGACUUAACGUAUAUCUGUCCAAAUAUAAUUGCCAUGGGAUUUCCUGCAGAAAGGUUAGAAGGAGUGUACAGAAAUAACAUUGAUGAUGUUGUCAGAUUUCUUGAACAGAAGCACAAAGGACACUAUAAAGUAUACAACCUUUGUUCUGAAAGAAAUUAUGACCCCUCCAAGUUCCACCAGCGGGUGGCUACAUUUCCAUUUGAAGACCACAACCCACCCAAUCUAGAGCUGAUAAGACCCUUUUGUGAAGAUGUGGAUGCUUGGUUAUCACAGGAUGACAGAAAUGUUACAGCAAUUCAUUGUAAAGCUGGGAAGGGUAGAACGGGUGUUAUGAUCUGUGCUUACCUAUUACACAGAGGGAAGUUUGACAGUGUAGGUGAUGCCUUGAAAUUUUAUGGACAGGCAAGGACCAGGGAUGAAAAGGGGGUAACGAUUCCAAGCCAACGGAGAUAUGUAGAGUAUUACGGAAAUUUGGUGCGAAGGGGUCUCCACUACAAACCAGUCACUCUAUUAUUACGGAAAAUUAGAUUUGAAACAAUUCCCAAUUUUAAUGGAGGCACUUGUACUCCAUUCUUUGUUGUUAGUCAGUUAAAGGUGAAGAUAUAUACAUCAAGAGUGUAUGAUACAAUCAAAAAGGGCCAGCAGUAUUUUGAAAUGGAAAUCUUUCCACCAAUUCCUGUGUGCGGAGAUGUCAAAAUAGAAUAUUUUAAUAAACCAAAAAUGAUAAAGAAGGAAAAAAUGUUCCAUUUAUGGUUCAACACAUUCUUUGUGGAGGAUCGUGAGGAAGUGGUCCAAAGUAAUGGCAAUGGUCAGUUUGGGUGUAACUAUGGUUCCCAAGGUUCCAUUGGGUCAGGGUCGCAGCAGGGGUCCAGUACAAGUUCACAACAGUGGUGUGGGCCUAAUACCACAGUCACAGCACCAGGACCAACAUCUUAUCUUACUGCAGAGUUUGCUAAAGAUGAAAUAGACAAAGCCAAUAAGGACAAGUCACACAAAAUCUUCAGUCCAAACUUUAAGUUAAAACUGUAUUUUACAUCACCGGAAGAUGCUGACCAAAUAGAUGAUCCACUGGGAGAGAACAGGAUGGCAGAAGCAGCCAUGGAAUCUGUAGCUUUUCAUAGUAGCAGUGACAAUGAAGUUUUAGAUGAGAACCUCUCAGAUACUGACACAGACAACGAAUGGGAAGGAUGUGAAGUGACUCAUGUAUGAUGUUGGUAGUAGAUAUGUUUGUAAGGAUUGGACACCCUCAUAUUUUUUUUAAGAAAAAAAAACAACGGAUUCAUAAGGGCAUCGGCAGAUAUGUUUUGACCUUGAAACUGGGGGAUCAUGUAAGAUGUUAUGUGCCAAGGAAAUGGGAUAGUGUGAUGGCCAGAGAUACAAAGUGAAUAAAAUGACACUGAAUUACAGUGUAGAGAGCAAGUAAAGGCUGACAUUAGAGGUAUAAGGAUGGAAUUCCUAUUUUUUGUGCCUGGGAGGUAAAUCUGACUCCUUCCCUGAAGGAUUGUUCUAGUUGAAGCAAUCCUGUUGUUCUAGGAAUAUACAUUACCAUGUAUCAGUGGUAUGGGCAUUCUGUGGUCAAUUUGUUCUUUUGUUCUGACUGAUGAAUCUGAGAAGCCAAUACACAGCAGAAGUAUUGUUAUUAUUUUAAGUAUUUUGUUUGUAUGUUGAACAUACACAGCCAGACACAGGUUUGUGUUAUAGUAAUUAAGUUAUAUUCACUUUGAAAAAGUUAUACCAGCUAAGAUCUCAUUUCUCCCUUGUGAUAAGUUGGGUGCCCUCCCAGCAGUGGACCCCUUGACCAUCAAUUAAUUAACAAGUGUUACUUUAAAGAGUGCAUUUGUUCCCAUGAGGUCUAUUCUGGGAUUAUUACUGGUUUAUUAAUAAGUAUAACUGAAAAUAGAUGAGAUUUUUUCAUUGUGAAUAUAGCUUGAGUAUUCUACGUGGGAGUUGCAAGAACAAGUGUACAUGUACAGUCCAUCAACCUGAUUAGGAUCUCCUGCUGUUGCAAACAGGCAAAAUUUUGUGGAAUUUGUACAUAUGUAGAACUGUGUCACAUUUCAUUGUUAUUAUUUCAUUCAUCUGCUUGAUUUCAUCCAGGGGAUCAGAAAUUUACUUUAAAAGAUAAAGUAUUAUAUUAUUACUAUGGUUAACGAAAGAGAGGGGUGUGAUAAGAUAGCAGGAAGACUGCAUGGUUUGUCUCAGAGUGAAAUGAUUUUAUCCAUCCCACUUCACAAUGUGGGGCCAUUACUUGUUUAUUUUAGAUUAGCCAUAGUGCAUUCAUUCAUUCAUUAAAACACCCAUGUCAGAUAGCCAUCAUCACAUCAUUGUCAUUGUAGCAUUGUCACUAGUGGCUGCAUCAUUCCAUUUCUAGUAUUAGGAAGUUGAUUUCAGCAUUUUAGUACAGAUUUCUGUCAGCAAUGUCGUUCAUUUUCCAUUCGUGUCAUCACAUUUACUAGUUCUUAAACUUUUUAUAAGCACAUUAAUCUGCUUAUAAACCUUCGCUAGAUUUUUUCAACCAUAAUGAAUUGAGCAAAGAAGAAAAUACCCAUGAAGUGUGUGGUUAAGUAUAUUUUAAUGUAUGAAUUAAGCAUGAAGGAAGUACUUAAAAAUAAACUUGUUUCUCAAGUA